UUGUUUCGUUGUUCGUUUCGUUGUCGUGUGUAGAGUAGAAUGCGCUUGGUUGCGCUCGAUAAUUUAGUUGUCUUCAGAUAUUUAGUUUUCUAUCUAAAUGUAGGUCGAUUUAAGUUAUUUCUUUGUGAAAAUUAAUUAAGUAAUUUUAUUUAAGUGACAUGAAUUAAUUUAGUUCCAUCAAAAUGCCUGGAAUAAGAAAAUAUCGACGAGAUACUAGCGAAGUCAGCUGUUGUUUGAAAUAUGUUAUUUUUGGUGUGAAUGUGUUGUUUUGGUUCUUGGGCCUUAUAGUUCUGGCUGUGGGUGUGUGGGCAUGGACGGAAAAGGACACAUUCAACAACCUAUCUCAGCUGACCAACAUAGCACUGGAUCCAGCUUUCAUAUUGAUGUGUGCUGGGGCUAUCACAUUCAUAAUCGGCUUCACGGGCUGCGUCGGAGCAUUGCGUGAGAACACCUGCCUACUGGCCUGCUAUGCGGUGUUUUUGGCGCUAUUGUUGCUGUCUGAGAUGACGACAGGAAUACUGUUCUUUGUGUUCAAAGAUUGGAUAAAACAGCAGGCGACGACUGGUUUCCAGACCUUCAUCACGCAUUACAGGGAAGACCCAGACCAGCAGAACCUGAUUGACUGGAUACAAGAAGAAUGGCUCCAAUGCUGCGGAGUAGAAGGCCCGCGCGACUGGGACCGCAACGCAUACUUCAACUGCUCGAGCGGAGCCGUUGGCUCCCGAGAGGCCUGCGGAGUCCCCUUCAGCUGCUGUCGCAACAAGCCCCAGGACAUCAUCCGCAACAAGCAGUGCGGCUACGACGUCCGCAAACCGACCUAUCAAGUGAGCGAGCGCGUGAUCCACGAGCGCGGCUGCCUGGCGGCCGGCGAGGACUGGCUGCAGCGCCGCUUCCCCGUGGUGGCGGCCGCCUUCCUAGGGCCCAUCGCGCUUAAGAGUUAUGAUAUUGCUAAGAUAAUACAUGAGAAAGGCUGUCUAGAGGCGGCCGAGGAGUGGUUUGACCGUAACUUGCUGGUGGUUGCCACGACCGCUGUUUGUACUACUUUUGCACACAUCCUCGGAAUAUGUUUCGCCCAAAACCUGCGGGCGGACAUAUUCGCCCAAAAGGCGAAAUGGCACUGACAAUCAGCCCCUCCUGCGGCCGUGUGACGCCCCCCGCGUCGCACCCCCGACCCCUACCGCGCGCUGUACGCCCCCGGCGCCACCUGCCACUUGGACAGGUGAGCGGCCCGGGGAGACGACGUCGCCGACGCUUGCUAGUUAUGUAAGGUUAGGAUAGAUGGCGCUGUUGUUAACUUAACUCGGAUUUAGAAAGAAUAUAAGACUUCUUAUCGAUGUAUGAGUCGGCCAAUAUUGUCAGUAGAAAAUGAAGGGAAAAUCAAAAACUAUAAACGUUAUGUUCAUUAAUACGAAUUACAUGUACUUAGGUACUUAACUGUUCCUCAUCUUUUAAAUACACAGCAAAUUCAGUUCAUAACGUUUAACCCACAUAAUAUUAAUGUUUUACAACUGAAGUUUCAGUUAAAAAUUAAAUAAUAUGACAUUUGUCUAUUAAAUGGAAUCUGAUAUUCAUUACAGAAUUUAAUUUACUUGACUUUCCAUUUCAUUCAGGUCUAUCAGGAUCUGAUUAACAUGGUCCUACUGACAAUAUUGCCUGGCCAGAAAAAAAUAUACGAGUACAAUGAUAUUUUCGUUCUAAAUCUGUUGUUAACACCUUGUAGUUACUACCUUACCUACUAUCGUAUUAACGUAGCUUUUUCCAAACUUUUAAUUAAUAGCUUUUCAAAUCCUUAAAUCCUUCACUUUCACCUCUUUCCUGAAUGUUCAAGUUAUCUUGAUGGUGAUAAAGUUUAUAAAUAAAAUGUUGAUAUCGUCAUAAGAAUUAUCCAAUGUGUAAAUGACCUAAGUCCAAAGUGCAGACAGUUUCCACAAAGAUAACUAAACAAAUAGACAUGCUCAAGCAAAGCCGUGAUAUGAUCACAGUCACAAUAGAUGGCGCUGACAUAAAUACCAUUGAGGCCUCAAAUCUAACCGUCGUAUGUGGCAUUACUUUAUAUAAAAUCUAAAUAUGUAGUAGCACGCCGUUGGAAAGCUUGCGUCGAACUUUACAAUCUUUACCCAAAAGAUCUUAAAAAUCCCUUUAAUUUAAGGAAUAAACUAGAUAGGAAAUUGUCUGCACUCAAAACAUGUGUUCAUAUUGGCCAACUGUACUGUAUUAGCCUUAAAAGAGCUGUGAAAAUAUAAGUAUCGAAAUAAUUAUAGAGUGAAAGUGAAAAAUAUUCGCCGAAGUUGUGUAGUAUACAAAUAUGUUGCAAAAUCAAUUAUAAUACAAGUGAAGUUUUCGUUUAUAUUGAUAGUUUUAGUGGGAAUUAUAUACUACUCUAGAAUCUAGAUGAGUUCGCAUAAAAUUGUAAUUGCCUUGCAAAUGCUUUACAAAGUGCUUUAGGUGACCUGUCGUCGGUGCGAGGGGUUGAGGCCCAGGAGAAUAAUGGCUGAAAAUAGUAUUAUAAGAGUUAGAGGACUUAUCUGUACAAUUAUAAGAUUAACUGACGAAUAUUAGGAUAAGUAAUACUCAUAGCUUUAAGUUAAGAAACGAUUUUUAUAAGUAUUUAAAUUCGUUGUAAUUUUAUUUCUU